AUGAUCAAGGUUUCACUUGUUCUUACAUUAUUCUCGCUGUCGCUGACGCUAUUCCUGGCGGCUUUGGACAUCGUCAUCGUUAUAACUUUGUAUGAGACAAUAGGGCAAAAAUUUGGGGAAUAUGCCAGUAUCGGGUGGUUAGUAUCUGGAUACGCGUUACCAAAUGCGCUGUUCACUCUUCUUUGGGGACGUUUGGCAUCGAUUUUUGGCUUGAAGACCAGUUUGACCAUUUCUAUAGUUAUUUUUGAAAUUGGGUCUCUGGUAGUCGCUACGUCCAAUAGCAUGGGGAUGCUUAUUGGCGGUAGAGUAGUGGCUGGCUGUGGAGGAAGUGGUAUCCAAUCUUUGGUAUUUGUUGUCGCAACGUCGUUGGUAGAGGAAAGAAAUAGAGGCCUGGUAAUCAUGGUUCUUGGCUUUGCGUUUGCAGUGGCUUUUGCUAUAGGGCCCGUGCUGGGAGGUGCAUUUACCGAAAAUGUGAGCUGGAGAUGGUGCUUUUACAUCAACCUACCCAUCGGUGGGCUUGCCUUGGUUAUGCUUGCGCUCUGCUAUAAUCCCGACAAUGUGCAUUUGCAAGAAUCUUUGAGAAACAAGGGCUUGAUGCUCAAAGAAUACCACUAUGGGCAUUUACUUACGCGAAACUUCUGGAGCAAGGCUUUCCACUUUACUGUAUUCGAAUUGGACUUCGUCGGCUUCGCAAUUUCUUCGACCGGCUUCGUAUUAUUCUUGCUGGGAAUAACUUUCGGUGGAAACAAAUAUCCGUGGUAUUCUGGCACGAUCAUCUCGUAUCUUACAGUGGGGGGAUUUUUAAUCGUGUUCUGGUUUCUAUUUGAUUUUGUCAUUCUUUACUAUUGGACCGCCCGUCAUCGAGACACAGCACCAAUUCCUCUGCUUAGGUGGUCUCUUUGCACGUUACCAGGCAUUAUAACGAGCUCUUUUACGGACUUGUUUGUUUGCUUCGCCUUCAACAUGCAGUCGGUCUACAUUGUUCAGUUCUACCAGCUCGUUCACAACAAUGGGCCCACGUCAGCGAGUAUGCAUCUGUGGGCAUUUUUGGUGGCCACCAUGGUCGCAAUUAUAAUCAUUGGAAAAAUCUCUUCGACCUAUGGAGUCAUCAAACCAAUAAUUGUUUUCGGUGUCACAGUAGGUCUGAUAGGAGCGGGUUUGAUGACUCUGAUUAAGACUACGAGCACCACUUCCAACACUAUUGGGUACUGUAUUCUGCCCGGCGCGGCUUUCGGAUGUGCUCUACAAGGCACGUUACUCAGCGCUCAAGUUCAAAUCGACAGGGACGCCGCCAAUUUCCACACAAUGUUCAUUGAGGCAACUGCCGUGAACACUUUCGCAAAAUCUCUCGGAAUGGCUUUUGGAGGAAUCACGGCUACUAUGAUCUUUACCAACUCUGUGAAAAAUCAACUCCGGGGUGUUGUAACAGGACUUCCACCUUUCACCAGUAUUGAAGCUUUGAUUGCCUAUCGAGGUCAAAAUUACGAUGGCCCAGAUUCGGAGCUUUCUCGAGUGUUCGUCAAAGGUAUUCAAAACGUCAUGUACGCGGCCCUUGGCUGCUAUGGAGCAGCUUUCAUCUUUGGCGUGCUUACUUCAAAUAAGAAACUCACGUUACCUCCCAAGACUGAUGAUUUGGAACAUUCUUCGGCAAACGGUACAAUGCCUGAAAAGACCAACUCCGCUGACGAAACCGGGGAAUCCAAAGAGAAAGCUGGCGAGCCGAAAAAGAAAACACUUCGAGACAAACUUUUUAAGCAUUGA